AUGGGCUACCGCUGUGGUAGCAUCAUAUGGUAUGUUGGGCAUCUCACCCAGGUAGCCUUCUCUCAACAUCAAGCUUCCCUCACCGAUCUGAACGAAAAACCCGAAAAUGCUGAAGUAUCUCCAGCGUUGAGGAUAGUCAAAAUGAUGGAGGGGCAGGCAAUUGUCAACCGUUGGCUUGCUUCUCUGAACUAUCACGUACUAGGGCUCUGCGUAAUUCUUUGUUUGAUUACCGGAGUUAUCCUGAUGAUCAGAAGGGGAACUCGAGCAUUCCACCAUGGAUGGUUUUUGUAUGGGAAACCUCCCAGAGGCCAAGUUUUUCAGCCUGCCCACACACACCAACAUCCCAAAAGCUGGCAGGCUGAAUUGGGGGUACUUAGACAAAUCUAUGGCUUUACAUUCCUUCAAAACGUCCCGCUCGUAUCCAAUUUCACAUUCGGUCAACUCACCCUGUCAAGUUUUUUUGUUGGAAUGGUUGUCAUCCUAGCUGUUUUGGCCAACCCGGCUCCGGCUCAUAACCCUAGAAGAUUUGGCUACUUGGCGGCGGCGAACAUACCAUUCUUGGUUUUAUUUUCCAUGAAAAACACUCCCCUAUCAUUGCUCGGCAAAGGAUAUGAAAAGUUAAACUUCAUUCAUAGAUUCAUUGGCUGCGUUGUGAUUGUAUGUUCAUUGAUCCACGGAGGCCUGAUGGUAUCUUUGAUGCUGCAAGGCAAUAUCUCAAACACAAGAGCCUUCUAUAGUGGCUGCUUUUUGGGUUUCAUGUUGUUGCUGGUCGGUAUUACUGCGAUUCCUGCGAUCCGAAGAAGAUUUUACAAGAUAUUCUAUUUCAUCCAUGCGUUAGGUUAUAUCUCAGUAUUUGCUGGCGGGAUCUAUCAUGAGAAAGCUCUUCGGCCUUACAUAAUCUGUGCGAUUUUGCUACAUUCGCUUUCAAGUGGAUGGCAAGUGCUCAAAUGGAAGAUGCACACUGCCACGCUGACACCACUUCCCGGAAAAAUAACCAGAGUUGAAAUCAAUGGGAUAAAAACUGGUUGGAAAGCAGGGCACCAUGUUCGCUUAAGAGUGCUUGGUGGCUUUUGGCAAGGCUUGCAAGCACAUCCGUUUACUAUAGCAUCUGCCCCCUCAAGGAGUGGCACUGAAACAAACAGCCUCGUAUUAUAUAUUAAGGCAGUCGGAAGCUUUACCACAAUGCUUUACGCCAAAGCAGUCACCGUUGAUGGGUUCAAUGAUGUACGGCCCGUCUCGCAAAACAGGUUUUCCAAUGGGUCGCAAAAAAAUGUCCAACUCCCCAGCGACAUAUGCAGUUCAAUCGCAAAUCAAGAUAAGAAGAGCUCUCUAGCGGAAUCCACAAGGACUGUUGAAAGUUCAGAUAAGACAUGCGCUGGUUCAAUAUCACAAAUGGUUAUAUUAGAUUUUGGAUUGCCAGAUGGAGUUCAAGUUAAUGUGCAUGUUGAAGGACCUUAUGGGGGACUUGGAUGGCAUGGAUUGGACGAGUUUAAGGAUGUGAUCAUUUGUGUUGGGGGUAGCGGGAUUUCUUUUCUGGUAGCGGUGGUGUCAGAGCUUGUUUCCUUAGCUAAAGUUGGAGGAAUCACCAAGAGAGCCUUGGUUAUAUUUACGGUUCGAGAUUGGGAGGUUGCCAAGUAUUUUGGCCAUCUCCUCACAAAAGAUGUUGAAGAAUCAUCAAUAUAUGGUCUUUUGCUAGAUGUUAGAUUUUUUGUCACAACCAAAGUCGAAAACCCUGUUCCCUUGGGUGAAAUCAAGCUACGAUGGCAACGUCCGCAGCUUGAUGUAUUAGUUAAAGAGUUUUUGAUGGACGUUGGAGGUUGCCAGGGAGUUGGUGUGGGGGCGUGUGGACCCCCUGGCUUGAUGGCCCAAGUCAGAAGCUCUGUGGCAAUGAUUGAUUUGAAAACUGCCAAGAGAGUAGGUGGUAUUAGCAUGUAUUUUGAGGAACUUGGCUGGUGA